ACCCUCCCGCUGUGCAGCACCACACUACGACGGUGUUGUCCGCGGAGAAGGCAGAAAGCAAGAAGUGGGAGGGGUCUGGGUUAUGCGACAUAUUGGGUCGGCUGCCCUGAUUGCACCGUCGCUGCCAGGUGGAAUCGUCAUUCAGCAGGGCCCCCCGAGACGCUAAUUUACGGGGAAGCGUUGGGGCCCGCAUUCCCAAGUAACCAGGGGCCAGACAUUAAGUGCCUGCCUUAUCCGAUACCGCGGAAUGGUCAGCAUCAUUGCGCGUCCAGCACUGUGUUUCCCUGUCGGCCUUUCGACAGAGCACCGAGACGAGGGCUCCAUUUUCUACCCGAAGCGUCGAGCAGGCCUGUAUGGGUCACCCAAGACGAAAGAGACACUGGAACUGGCACGAGUGGCUAG